AUGUGUGCGCAGAAAGUUGCUGUUCUCCUCUUGUUGUGUUUGGUCGCCGCUGAGGCUCAGGCAAGUUGUGAUGUCUAGGAGGGAUACUGUAGGCUUAGAAAAGAGGAAACGGGGGAAAGUAAAGAUUGCACUUUGGAAAACAAAAAAUUAUAGGACAAAUACGCGUCUAUGGUAUGGUAUUAAAAACAAUGAGAAGAUCUGUGGUACGGAAAAACAAGAAAAUUUUUUUGGAUGUAACAGUCUGUCGGGAAAAUUAUGUGGAUUUGUCGGAGCAAAAUGCAUCGCCUGGUCGAAGUCGCACACCAAAUUUCCAGAAGCGGUUAGCGGUUGCAAAGCGAUAAAGAGCAAUUUGAAGCCGCGGCGAAUCCAUAGACUGAUAUAGGCCUAAAAUUUGGUUUUACGACGUUCUAAAAUCACUGGGUGUCUAAGUUUUACAUUGGUUUCUAAAACUUAUAAGCUUAUAAGGCAUGUUAUGCCGUUGAUUUCUAUACUUUGGAUUCAAAACUUGAGAUAAAGUCCUUCCAUUGCCUUGGAGAAAGAUCCCACAAAACUUUCCGUUUUAGCAUAACUCUUAUGUUGCAAUUUCAGUACUAUUACGGCUACUGGCCAGGCGCCUACUACUAUGGCAAGCGUUCGGCCGAAGCUGCCGAGCACGUUGACCACGAGGCGUCAAAAGAACACGCUGAUAAAGAAGAGCCCGCGAACAAGACUGAGAGCGCCGAAAAGGUUGAGAAGCGUUCGGUUGAAGAAGAAGAACACAAAAAAGUGAAAGCCGAUGCGAUGCCCGAAUUCGCUGGUCCAAACCACCAUGGCGAGCAUCCGGUUCCAAUUGAUCAGAUGGAGCGCCGAAGAUUCAUGAUGUAUGUGCAGAACAGACCGAUUCAAGUGCCGUAUGCUCCGGUUCCUUAUCAGUACCCACAGCCUCAGCAGCAGUAG